AUGUUCUUUAUUCAAAUUUCCAAAACUGAGGCUGCUAUCGUGAGUGCAGUUGAAAAAGUUAGGGACAGUGUUUUUAACAAACUUGGUUCUCGACUUUCUCAUGAUCGAUUUGUACUCAGACCGGGAGCCAUCAAAUAUGAGCCAGCAGGGAUUGAUGCUGUUUUGGAUGCCUCCCUCCCAAUUAUUUCUCAUGAGACUUUGGCCGAUUGGAUUGGUUCAACUGAAAUUAGCACUAGUUCUUCGUCAAAUACUGAACGUUUUAAUUAUGGUAAGAGGGUAGAUAUUAAUAGGAAAACAAAAGAGUUGCUGGAAAAAAGAUUUCGAAAUUCCAAACCCCAACCGUCAUACAUCUGUCAGGAGGAUACCACUUGCGAACUCCCACCUUUAACUGAACUUGUAGAUAACCCAGCAUUCAAUUGGGAAUUUGAAUUAGAUACCUUUCAAAAGCAAGCUAUUUUGUGCCUCGAGCGUAAUCAAACAGUCUUUGUAGCAGCCCAUACUUCAGCUGGGAAGACAGUUGUCGCAGAAUAUGCUUGUGCUCUCUGUCGGCGUCGGGGCACAAGAGUCAUCUAUACUAGUCCGAUUAAAGCUUUAUCGAAUCAAAAGUUUUACGAUUUCAGACAGACGUUUGGAGAUAGUGUUGGGCUAAUUACAGGUGAUAUCAAACUGGCUCCCGAAUCUACAAUUCUAAUAAUGACCACGGAAAUUCUGCAUAACAUGUUGUGUAACGACGCUGAUGUUAUCAGAGAUCUGGAAAUAGUCAUUAUGGACGAAGUUCAUUAUGUCAAUGAUGUGGAAAGAGGUCAUAUAUGGGAACAAAUUAUGAUAAUGCUGCCUAAACAUGUGUUAUUAGUUAUGUUAAGUGCAACAGUUCCUAAUAAACUUGAUUUCGCUGAUUGGUUAGGACGUAUACGUGGAACUGAAGUUCAUGUAGUUGCAACUAAUAAACGUCCAGUUCCAUUGGAACAUUUUCUUUUUACUGGUAUGGAUAGUCAACGUAGUAAAGAUCAUCUUCAUCUAAUUGUAGAUCAAGCUGGUCAAUUCAAUUUAUCAGGUUAUAAACAGGCAAAUCGCAUGCUUAGCGGCGAAAACGAUGUUGACAAAAAGAAACCUACUGAAACUCCGGUAAAUCCAUCGAGUGCUAAGAACGCACCACGAAAGAAUGCUGGUGGUAAAGUGAAUACUCCAGGUCAUUUCCGUGCAUUACCACCAACUAACGGAUUAAGUGUACAUGAUCAUCGUACCAAAAAUUUAUGGCUUGGAGUAAUUCACCUUCUUCAAGAUCGUGAUCUUAUGCCAACUAUAGCAUUCGCCUUUUCUCGAUCAUCAUUGGAAACUCUGGCUGGUCAUUUAUCUUCAGUGGAUUUGUUGAAUUCAAGUGAAAAGCAACAAGUUAAAAAUUUUCUACAUUGUUCUGUCACUAAACGAUUAAAAAGAUGUGAUCGUCAACUUGCUUCAGUUCAGUUUAUUAGUAAAUUAGCUGUUAGAGGAUUAGCUGUUCAUCAUGCUGGAAUGUUACCUAUUUUGAAAGAGACAGUGGAGAUGUUAUUUCGACGUGGUUUAAUCAGAAUAUUAUUUGCUACUGAAACAUUUGCAAUGGGUGUAAAUAUGCCGGCUCGCUGUGUCAUCUUUACUACAUUAGAGAAAUUUGAUGGCCAAAAACGUCGUCCUUUAAAUUCAAGUGAGUAUACACAAAUGGCUGGACGUGCAGGUCGUCGUGGUUUAGAUGCUUCCGGUUCUGUAAUUAUUUUACUUGGUGGAAUUGGUAAAUCACUUACACCAGGAAGUUCGGGUUUACCAUCUGAGCAUACACUAAGUGAUAUUAUUCUUGGAAAACAAACUCAAUUAGUUUCGAAAUUUAAAAUCACCUACUCUAUGAUAUUACAUUUACAUCGAACUAAUUGGUUAACUCCACAGGAUGUAAUGCGACGAAGUUUCAUGGAAGCAGCCAAUCUUAGACGUGAACUUGACCGUAAACAAUGGUUGUCAGCUUUGCGCAAAAAACUAGAUGAAACAACUAUUCUUAUACCACCUGCUGGAUUGUCAUCUAAUAUACCUCAUCAAACUGCUCGUUCUUCAAAUAAUAAAGUUACAAUAUCUAUGAGUAAUUAUUCUCGUUUAUCUGUACCAAUUGGUGAGCCUAUUUUACAAGUGAAAUGUCCUUUUGGUCAAAUAAGUUGUUGUGAUGCAAUGACUACUUAUUAUCAGGCCUGUUGCAAUUAUCAAAAGCUUACAUCAUCAAUUGUCCGUUUACUUUCUGAAGAAAAUCUAACUGAUCUACAACGAGUAUUCUGUCCAGGUCGUAUAGUAUUUAUUCAUCUACCACAAAAUGAUAAUUCAUUAUUGUAUAAUAAAGUAACUAUAAAACAACCCAAUUGGUUAGUACCAGGUGUUUUGGUUAAUUUAACAAAGAAAAAAAUCAAGAAUGGGAGUGAAAUAGAAUGCGAUAUUAUCACUUGGGAAUUGUCUAAUUUAACAAAUCAUUCUAGAUCAUUUCAAAAGUGUAAUCAAUCCAUAAAUCAGACUGAUUCAGUGAGUGAUAUUAAUGGUAGAAAACAAGGAAAUAUUAACAAUAACGCAAAUCAAUUCAAUGAAUUAGAUGAAGAGGAUAUUUUGAAAGAAGGUGAAGAUGCUCAACUGUCAAAUACACCAUACCCUCCACAAUUAAUGCCUGUUUAUACACCUGAGUCACUGGAAGAUGGUUAUGCUCGUUUAAUGUUAUUAUCUAAUUUAUCUAUUCGAUCAUUUGUGCGAAUUACUGAUCAUGUUUUUACUGUGCAACAAUAUUGUAAUAAUACUGUAAAUAAUGCAAAUAUAACAUCAUCGGAAUUAUUACUUCGUGGUAUUAAACGUCAUCGUCAACAAAUAGCAGCUAAACAAGCUGGUAUGCAUUUAGUGAUUGGUUCAAACUCAACUGCAAGUGAUUGUGAUCCCCUAGUUCUUAUGGAUGAAUUAAAUGCAAAUUUAUUUAAUCUUGUAAUUUCAUUGAUGCCGGAACCAUCAUCAUCAAUGCCAGAAUCUUCUAUGUCACCGAUGUUUGGUCUACCAGCUGACUGGCCUACUAAAGUUGAUUUAAGAACAACAUUGAAAUUCAAAGGAAUUUCAGAGGAGGAUGCUUGUGUGUUUGAUGAGCAUGCUUUACUCAGUGAUGAACUAACAACACCACUUCUAACAUCGGUUAUUACUCAACGUUUGGCUCCCAUUAGUUGUCCUGAUCUUGUAGCACAUCUGGAAUUGAUUCAUCGUACUUGCCGUCGAAGAUGGGCUGUAAAACGAAUUGAAGAUAGUUUAUCUAAUUCUCAAUUACAAUUAAAUACAGAGUAUGUGGGUCGUUUGUGUGUCCUUGAAGAAUUGGGUUUUAUCGACUCAGCAACACAUACUGGUUGUUUGAGUCUAAAAGGUCGAAUUGCUUGUGAAUUAACAAAAAUGGAAGUGUUAAUUACUCAACUACUACUUAAUGGCUCAUUUACUGAUUUAUCAGCUCCUGAUUUAGCAGCUGUUUUAUCGUGUUUUGUAUUUGAAACACGUUCCACUACUGAUGCAGAACAGUUACAACAACACGAUGGACAAUAUUUACAUAGUCUACUUGAAUCUCUAAUGAAGUUUACUAAUGAUGAUUGUAAUCAAAAUCAUAUGUCUAAUAGUUGUUCAGAUGUUACUUCUUAUCCUUCAAAUCUUAUACCUGCAUUACAAAAGAUUGUACUAUCUGCUAUAGAGUUAGAGCAAUUGCAAACUAAAUAUGGUCUUACAGAUCCAUCUAUGGACACAAGGAUAACUCUACAAGUUGUAAAUGCUGUGUUCGCUUGGGCUCAAGGUUAUUCAUUCCCAUCAUUGGUUAGUAUGACUAGUGUUCCUGAAGGUCACUUAGUUCGUGGCUUAUUACAACUCGAUGAACUAUUACAUCAUAUAUGCAAUGCUUGUCAUCAUCUUGGUGAUAGAAAUUUAAGUUUACGAAUGAAGGAGGCAAGAAGUUUAAUAUUACGAGAUCUUGUGUGUGCUCCAAGUUUGUAUACUGCAGAUGAUCUAGUGUGA